AUGCCGAACAACAAAAAAAAUAAGCGAAACAAGCAGACGGCAGGGAAGGUUUGUGAUGUGCCUUACUGCGUGAGGAAGGAGACGCCGACGAUGAUGUUUGACGACACCAAUAUUACCUGUAUGAAGUGCGACCACUUCAUCUGUAGCUGUUGUGUGGAGAAGAAUUGGAAGGGAACUUGGACGCAGGAGGACUUCUACAAGCCGAAGUAUGAACUGCCAGGUCUCAAGCACGAGCUUUGGAAAUGUCCGUUUUGUCGGGCUACUUUUGACCGCUUUAGACCCGACGGAAGUGGUCUUGAGCCUGAAUUGAAGACGAUGACGAUUGGGGAGUUCUUGGGUAGUUUAUAG